UAAGAUUAAAAUCUUGGAUUUUAAUCCUGGAUUCACCUAAACAAGAAUUUGCAUCCAUAUUCCAUAAAGGAGUUGUGUUUGGUUGAUAGGGAUUUGGAUGCCAAGGAUCUUAUUCCAGUGUUUGUUGAUUAUAAAGGAACAAAAUAUGAGCUGUUGGAAAAAAAACCUACAGGCUACCAACAGAUAUGAACAUUAAGCACAGUUGUGAAAAGUGAUCAAAUUCUUAAGUAAUAGUUGAAAAAUAACCUGUUACAGCACACUUAAACAGGCCACAAAAAGAAUCGGUUUGCCACUAAUUCAAUUUCCAUAGGAAAUUUUGCACGAGUGCUACUGAUCAGUGUUAUGAAAAAUCGGCCAAUUGGAUUGAAUUACUGGCAAACCGAUUUUUUUUGUGACCUGUUCAAGAGUGCCAUAACAUGUCAUUUUUCAAUCACUUUUCACAACUAUGCUCAAAUGUUCAUGUCUGUUGGAGGCCUCUGGGAUUUUUUUCCAAGGGCUAAUAUUUUCUUCCAUUAUAAUCAACAAACACUGGAAGAGAAUCUUUAACAUCCAAAUCCCUAUCAGCCAAACACAAAAUAAUGAUGCAAAUUCUUGUUUAGGUGAUUUCAGAUUAAAAUUCGUUUCUGACUCCAGGAUUUUAAUCCCAGUGCUGCCAAACACUAUAGAAAGGAAUGGUACAAAAGAAGCCGUCUCUUGGAAUUAGACCCUAUUUCCGUUUCGUCGACAACUCUCUCUCUCUCUCAGAAAUUGGCGGCGGCACUUCCAGUCUGGUGGUUCUGCAGGCCGAGCAGGGAUGUGGAAGCCAAACGCAUCGUUCGGCUAGAGAAGUCUCAGCAGGAGAGGAGAUGACAUGAGAUGGCUACCAUUUCACUCAGCGCCUCAUUCAACGCCGGCCUCGUGUCUCGUUACCGCUCAUCGCCAUCGUCGCCAUCAGUACCAGUCACCCUCCGCCGCCGUUCUCCUCUCAUUCGAGCGGCACCACCAACGUCCACCAAGCAUCGCCCUACGGAAAAAUCCAUGAUCCGUUCAGACCCCGUCGACGUCUCACGUCGAAAACACAAUGCCACCGACCAGCUCUCCUCUGCCCUGAGGUUCCUCAAGGAGGAAGCGGGGUUGGAAGAGGCCAAGCAUUUCCUCAAACAGUUGGAGGGCGACAAUCUGGACUGCCAAGCCAUCGCCUUCCUCAUCCAGGCGUAUGGUCGCCUCGGGCUCUACGACGACCUAUCAAGGUUCGCGAAGAGCGUCGGCCACCUCCUGGACGAGGCGACUUACAACCUCCUGCUUGUCGAGUUCGCGAGCGCCGGCCUGGUGGGAAAGAUGGAAGAACACGCCCGGAGGCUUCUGUCUGCGAGACUUCCGCUAAAACCCAAGACUAAGACGGCGAUGUUGGAGGCAUACGCCAAUCUGGGAUGUCUGCAGAAGAUGGACGACGCCUUCUUCGCCAAUCGGAACCGGUCGACGUUUGUCCCAGGCGACCGCCUGGUUCGGAAAAUGGCGAUGGUCUACCUCCAAAACUACAGGUUCUCUCGAUUGGAGGAUCUGGGCCGUCAGGUGUCAUUGAGGGCAGGGAGAAGAACACCGCUAGCUUGUUGCCUGGAGCUGCUCUCUCACGCCUGCAUUCUGAGCCGGAAGGGAAUGGACGCCGUCGCGAGGGAGGUGAAGGCGGCCGGAGUGUGGGCGGACGACGCGUCAUUCGCGAAUGCGGUGGCGCUGGCGUACCUCAAGAUGAAGGACCCCAAAAGCCUCUCCUGGUGGUUGGCUUCUCAGUUUCGAAUUCUUCCCCACGGUGGCGGUGAUGGCGUUAGGCCGGAUAUGGUGACCUUCGGCGUCGCCAUGGACGGCUAUUCUAGCGGGCUGCUGGGUGAUGGAGGCGUGCUGCAACAAUGGGUGAAGAGGGGAUUCUUGAAUGAGGCUGCAGCGACGAGAACAGACCCUCUCGUGAUUGCAGCAUUUGGGAAGGGAGCGUUUCAUAGAGCCUGCGAGGAGAGGUACAUGACUCUGCAUUUGAAUUCGAGAGAGAAGGAACUGAGUUCUUGUUCGUAUCAGGAGCUGCUGAGGUUGGUUUCCGUUCAUCUUGGUGUUUGAUGCUUGGAUGUAAGCGCGAGGUUCUUUUUUUGCUGGGAAACAUCUGCUUCAAGCAAAUUACAGCACACCCAAAGGAAAAAGAACUACCAAGGGAUGAAAGAAAGCAAUCUUUUUGCUGUGGAGAGAUUCAAGAUUGAACUGCUUUUCUCACUGGAGGAAAAUGGGUAUCUACACUGUCAGCCGACACCCACAUUCUCAGCCGUGAUUCUCUUGUUUGCCAGAAAUCAGGAAAGUGGUUGCUUUCAAUAUCUCCAACCAAAACUAAGUUGAGAAACUCUACAUUGCAAAGUUACUUGGGAACAUGUGAACUCCAUGAUGAUUCAAGAGAGGGAACUCGUCGGUUAAGUAUGCGACUAAAGCCUGUGGGAUGAUUGAUUGUCAUUUUCACUGAGGCAGAACCGGGGAAAGUUCCGUAAGAAGCCAACAGCCCAUGCUUUCCAUAGGUAUGAUGCUUUGAAUAAGGUACACAGAACAGGUUUUUACACUUCUAAUCUGUGUCACACGAAUAUGAAAAAAUGAAGGUGGAUUCUUCAUAAAAAAUUAUAUAGUUUGUUGGAA